AAUCUGCCCUCCUCAUUCCUGUUGAAUGUUAGUGAACAACUGAAUGUCUCUUCUCUGUCACUGCUUCCCAUCUACAAUGAAGUGAGGAUGCAGACUGCUGAGAAGUCUGUGAGGUAGUGGUGUGUGAUGUGAGCUGCAGCAGUCCCCAGGGAUGCCCAGCAGGAGGCAAGAGGUGCUGGCAUUGAAGAGAAUUUAAUGUUGGAUUGACUGAAUAGUCUCAGUGAAUAUUUGUGCAGAUUACAAUUUGGCUGUUUCUGAUGCUUGGAAGUAAUCCUUUCAGCCACAGAGAUGGUAGUAAAUCUUUGCCUCCCACAGUUCAGACCAAGAAUUCACUGCAACAAGAUAUCAGCUGAUGGCUAUGAAGUAGAAAAUCUCAUCUCUGAAGACCCCACAAAAAGAAGCCGUGGUUUUAGGACAGAGUAUUUCAUUAAGCCACCCGUCCAUGUGACAGUUUCCUUUCCCUUUAAUGUAGAAAUCUGUAGGAUUAACAUAGACCUCACAGCUGGGGGAGUUCAGAACAUCACUGGCCUGGAAAUGUACACAUCUGCCUUAUCCAGCAGAGCCUCUUGGAGUUCACCUGAGUGCCGGACCCUGGGCCCAGCUGAGCCAUCUGUCCCGGACAAGGGGGCAUUCACCUUGGUAGGCAAGGUCUUACUAAGAAACCAGAGCCAAGUGGUGUUUUGCCACAGGGGCUUCAAGGCCAGACCACCUUUUAGCCCAAUGGAAGUCACACUCCCCUCCCCUGGUGUUGUAUUCCAGGAGCUCUGGAAUAAAGGGGCUCUUUCCCUUAGCCACGUGGCCCACCUCAAGAUUUGUAUCACCCACGUGACAGGCAGUGGUAUCCCUUGCGUCAAGCGCUUGGAGGUAUGGGGUCAACCAGCCAAGACCUGCUCUCAGGAGGUGAUGAACAGUGUCCUGCUGGUGGCCUCAGAGAGCCUGCCUCAGAACUUGGCUCUGCAGACACCAGCUUUGCCCAUGGAGAGUGAUUGUGACCAGUCUGAGGGCCAGCAGGCCCCCUCCCACCUACAGGAGCUGGCUGAGGUGAUUCGGGAUGUACCUGAAGAAUUUCUGGAUCCCAUCACCCUGGAGAUCAUGCCUUGCCCUAUGCUGCUGCCCUCAGGCAAGGUCAUUGACCAGAGCACGCUGGAGAAGUGUAACCACAGCGAAGCUGCUUGGGGCCGAGUGCCCAGCGACCCUUUCACAGGUGUAGCCUUUACUCCACACUCCCAGCCCCUGCCCCACCCCUCCCUGAAGGCCCGAAUUGAUCAUUUCCUCCUCCAGCACUCUAUCCCUGGCUACCAUCUGCUUGGGAGAGCACAGACUACAUCGGCAGUGACCCCUUCUAUCAUUGCUCUACCAUCACGGAAAAGGAAGAUGGAGCAAACUGAACAGGCCUCAGACAGCAUCCUAGGUGUGAAUGCUUCCUGUUUCUCUAGCACAAGCACUCUGGUCUCGCCCACUACCUCAGAGCACACCGCCAAGAAAAUGAAAACCACCAGUGAGCUUGGCCUGGUGCACAUGGACUGUUCAACAGGUCCAGUAUCUCAUGAGCAGAAGCUGUCGCAAAGCUUGGAAAUUGCCUUGACAUCCACCCUUGGCUCUAUGCCCUCCUUCACGGCCCGACUAACCAAGGGACAGCUCCAGCACCUGGGCACAAGAUGCAGCAGCACUUCUGGAAGGCCAAGCGCCUGCUUGGAGCAGCCCGGGAACAACUCCGGCCCUGAGUGCGCCUCCUGCAAAAGAGCAUUUUCUCCCUACUUCAAAAAGGAGCCUGUGUACCAGCUGCCCUGUGGCCACCUCCUCUGCAGGCCCUGCCUGGGUGAGAGGCAGCGUUCCCUGUCCAUGACAUGCACAGCCUGCCAGCAGCCAUUUGCCAGCCAGGAUGUGCUUCGGGUCCACUUCUGAGUGACAGCCUCAACUCAAGAAGCCCCAUCACUGGGAGGAGCCAAAGGGGAGCAGAAGCAGGGUCCAGCUCCCCUAUGGCCUGGCCAGUGGCAGGCAUAGGGCUACUUGUUCUUUCUGGGGCUUUAGCACCUCACAGUGUAGCACAGGAACUGAGUGAGGGACACCCCACUCCUGCUCAUGUGGCAAUAGGAUAACAAAGCCAUAAGCUGGACUGGGAGGGCUAGGGGAGAAGUCUUUGCCCUCCUGGGCCUCCCUGCCACUCCUCUGUCAGAGCCCAGGUCCCCUGCAUCCAGCAUCUGCUGAGGCCUCCGUGUUGUCUGUACACACCCCUUCCAGCAGGGCCUUGUAAGUGGAGCAUAAUGGAUGAUGGCCUUGGUAUCUCACAGAGAGCCUCUGUCUCAGGGUCACAUAGAAGUGGGCCAUGGUGGGGGUUGUGGAAUACAUGACUCAGCCUCUUCCCAUUUCCCAACUGGCAGACACUCAAAGCCUUAAUAAAGUGAUGGUUGAUGUCUGCUGUGGACUUCCUCCUGGCAGAGUGCCUGUGUGUCAUAUUUCUGUCCCCCACCUGCAUCCACACAAGUGGAACCGUCACAGGGCAGCCAUGAGCAGUCACUGCAACUUGCCAGGCUGUGAUU